AUGAUUUCACCAACAAAUUCUUCAAUAAGUGACUUAGUCAAUCCAUCAAUUCGACAUUCAAUGACUAAUUUGGAAUUUUUUUUCAAACAUAUUUAUUUAUUAUUACUUGUAAUUGUUGGUUGUAUUGGAAAUAUAUUUGUUAUUAUUAUUUUUGGUCAAAAAGCAGUCCGUACAACGGUACGAUGUGCUGGUUCAAGCAUGUCAGUUUAUCCAUUUUUAUUUUAUAUGGCUAUAUCAGAUACAAUGUAUUUAAUAAUAUUAUUUUGUUUAUGGUUAUCAAAUUAUAUAAAUGUUUUACAUCGUCCUGGUAUUUGUCAACUUACAUUAUAUUUAACAUAUGUAUGCAAUUUUAUAAAUGCUUAUUAUACAAUAGCAUUUACUGCUCAACGUUUAUUUGCUGUUAUUAAUCCAUUUCGAGUAUCACAUUUUCUUUCAUGGUAUCGUUCACGAUGUAUAGCAUUAUCAAUAAUAAUAUUUGCUUGUUUAUUAUAUUCAUAUUUACCAAUAUUAAUUGGAAUUGUCGAUGGAAAAUGUUAUUCUCGUCCACAAUUUCGCUGGAUUAAUAAAUAUAUGGAUAUAAUUGAUAGUAUCAUUGUUUUUUUAAUACCAUAUAUUGUUAUAAUAACAAUGAAUACAAUAAUUCUUAUAUCAUUACGUCGUAUGAAACAAAAUCGUCAUGAAUUAUUAUUUCAAAAUCAUUCACAACUAAAUUCAAUACGUGAAAUGACACGUCGUAAUGCAUCUCGUAAAAUGACAAAACUUUUAUUAACUGUUUCGACAUCAUAUUUAAUUAUAUGUGCACCUUAUGCAUGUAUACACACAUGGCGUUUAAUAAAUGAUCAUGGAGAAGAAAGCAAAAGUCCUCAAUUAAUAAAAAAAUUAGAAUAUUAUUCACAUUUUAUAUAUCAUUUAUCAUUUGCAAUGAAUUUUUAUAUUUAUAUUGUAUUUGGUUCAAAAUUUCGUCGAGAAUUAAAACGUGUACUGACAAAAUCGAAACAAAAUAUAUAUCGUUAUUUUCAUGAACGAAAAGAUUUUGACAAUGAUAAUCAAUUAGAAUUAGAAUUAACAGAAAAAAAUUCUACGAUGACAAUUGAAUAUACAUUUAAUACAAAUAUAAACAAUAUUAAUAAUAAACAUAACAUAUUAAGAAACUAUUUUUGUUGUCAUUUUAAUAUGUAG